CCUGUCAUUAAUCACAUAAUGACGACAUUAAUUUGUCAUUGUAUCAACAAACCAUAAAUUUCUGCCAUUAAUGCAACCUUUCCAUCUCUAAAAAUCUUGAAUUUAUAUGAUAUUUCGUGCAAAUCGGUUUUAAACUUAUGGCAGAGAUGCAGGCUAUACAUUUGCUGUUAUUUGGUCAGUUUUUAGCUCAAUUGAUCAUGAUUCAUGCGAAAGUAUCAUCGAUUAUUGUAUUUGGAGACUCUACUGUUGAUGCUGGGAACAAUAACCACGUGGCAACAGUUCUGAGAAGCAACUUUCAACCUUAUGGUCGUGAUUUCUAUGGCAGCCGGCCCACUGGCCGGUUUUGUAACGGUCGGAUUGCUACUGAUUUCAUAUCGGAGGCUUUUGGGAUCCGGUCUAUUGUGCCGGCUUAUUUGGAUCCGAAUUAUAAUAUGGUAGAUUUUGCAAAAGGGGUCAGCUUUGCUUCUGCUGGAACAGGUUAUGAUAAUCUUACUGCUGCAAUACUUUCUGUAAUACCACUAUGGAAGGAGCUGGAAUACUUCAAGGAAUACCAAACCAAUUUGAAAGCUCACUUGGGAGAUGCAAAAGCUAGCAAAGUAUUGAGUGAAGCACUUUAUUUGAUAAGCCUUGGAACCAAUGAUUUCCUAGAAAACUAUUUCGCACUUCCAAUUAGAUCAAGAGUCUAUUCCAUUGAAGAAUAUGAGAAAUUUCUUGAAGAUAUAGCCAGAAAUUUUGUCAAAGAUUUAUAUAAUUUAGGAGCUCGAAAAAUAUCUCUAAAUGGGCUUCCUCCUAUGGGUUGUUUGCCACUAGAACGCACUGAAAAUUACUUUUCAGGGACGAAAUGUGUACAACUAUAUAAUCGUGUGGCUAAGGAGUUUAAUCUGAAGUUGAAGCAUUUGGUCAAGAAGCUAAAUAAGGAGUUGGCUGGUAUACAAUUGGUCUAUUCGGAUAUAUAUUACAUUCUAUCAGAUGUCAUCAAGAAUCCACGCUCUUUUGGGUUUGAUGAUGGAGAGAGAGCAUGUUGUGCGACAGGAAGAUUUGAGAUGAGUUACUUAUGCAACAGAUAUAACCCAUUUACAUGUAAAGUUGCAAAUAAAUAUGUAUUUUGGGAUUCAUUUCACCCAUCUGAGAAGACAAAUCUAAUAGUUGCACAACAUGCAAUCAAGACAUCUUUGGUUGCAUUUAUGUAA